AGAACAUAGUCUUAUCACGCUUCUCUCCCCAAAACCAUAUGAAAGAAUUUUAGAUUUAGGAUGUGGAGAUGGAAUGUUAACAUAUAAAAUUCAAGAAUCGUGUAAAGAAUGUAUUGGAAUUGAUAAAAGUCAACAUAUGAUCGAAGAAGCUAAAUUAAAUGGAUGUAAAGAUGUUAGAGUAGUUGAUUGUGAAAAACUAAUCGAAUGGGCUAAUAAUGAAGGUUUUGUUGGAUAUUUCGAUAGUGUGUUUUCGAAUGCUGGUAUGUAUUCUAAAAAGAAAUUGAACAAAAACGAGGAAGCCAAACUAAUUAAUCAUUGAUUAGCGCUCCAUUGGAUGAAAAAUCAAGAAGCUGUAAUUGAGGGAAUCGCAAAAUGUCUUAAGCCUGGCGGUAGAUUUGUGGCAGAACUUGGAG